ACGCGACGAUCGAUGAUGGAAGUGAACCUGCUCUACUGGCUACCGUUGGUUGCGUUGGCCAUCCUGGCCCUGAUCUACCGACGGGUAUCGAAGCACUACAGCUACUUUCACAGCAAACCGAUCCCGUCGCUAGCUCCCGUGUUUCCGUUUGGCAGCGCGGCUCCAUUGUUUCUGAAGAAGUACUCCUUCCCCGAGUACGUCCAAAUGACGUACAACAAGUUCCCGGACGCAAAAGUGUUCGGCAUGUUUGACAUGUUCACGCCGUUAUUCACGAUUCGCGAUCCGGAGCUGAUCAAGAAGGUUUUGGUGAAGGACUUUGAGUACUUCAUCGAUCGGCGAUCGCUGUUUGGCGAUGAUGCGAUAAAUUCGGAAAGUAUUCUAAUCACCAAAACGUUGCUGCUGUUGACCGGGCAGAAGUGGAGGGAUAUGAGGGCUACCCUAAGUCCGGCAUUCACCGGAAGCAAGAUGCGGGCGAUGUUCGAACUGAUCGUGACGUACAGCGAUGGUAUGGUUCGGAUAUUGAAGGAUCAGGCCGGCGGGGAGGGUUCUGUGGACUACGAAAUGAAGGAGUGUUGCUCGAGGAUAGCGUCGGAUAUUAUAGCGACGUGUGCCUAUGGGCUGGAGGUGGAAUCGUUGGCGAACCGUGAGAACGACUUCUACAUGACGGGAAAGAAGAUGAUGAACUUUGGUAGCGUGAAGAUUGUGCUGCGGGUGUUGGCGUACAGUUUCUUCCCGGGAUUGAUGAGCAAGUUGGGAGUGGAUUUGUUCGACGGAGAACAGAUUAAAUAUUUUACGGAGAUAAUCAAGCAAACGGUGAAGACAAGGGACAGUCGUGGGAUUGUUCGACCGGACAUGAUCCAUCUGUUGAUGCAGGCAAAGAAGGGUACUCUGAAGCAUCAACAGGAAACUGCGGAGGUGAGUGCGGGAUUCGCUACGGUUGAGGAAUCGGAGGUUGGCAAGUCGACAACCGGCAUGACGAUGUCGGAUCCAGAGUUCAUAGCGCAGUGUUUAAUAUUCUUCGUAGCAGGAUUCGAGAGCAUUUCUACUGAAAUGUCCUUCAUGUGCUAUGAGCUCGCCGUAAACCCCGAAGCUCAACAAAAGCUGUACGAAGAAAUUGUCGAAACGAACACAGAGCUCGCUGGAAAACCACUGACCUACGACACAUUGCAGAAGAUGAAGUACAUGGACAUGGUGACUGCGGAAACCCUGCGAAUGUGGUCCGGUCCGGCUACCGAUCGAAAGUGCGUUCGAGACUACGUGCUAGACGAUGGCUGCGGACUGAAGUUCACCAUCGAUAAGGGAACGUGCUUGUCGAUUCCAACCUACGCGAUCCAUCGGGAUCCGAAGUACUACCCGGAUCCGGACAAGUUCGACCCGGAGCGAUUCAGCGAAGAGAACCGGGGCAACGUCAAUAUGACGAUGUACUUGCCGUUUGGUGCCGGACCGCGGAACUGUAUCGGAUCGCGGUUCGCACUGAUGGAGAUGAAGGCCGUUGUCUAUGCGCUGUUGCUGAACUUUUGCCUCGAGCGGACCGAGAAAACGCCCGUGCCACUGAAACUGGCCAAAGGAUUUACCGCACUGGGUGCGGCGAAGGGACUGCAUUUGCGGUUAAGGCUAAGAUUGAACAUUCACUCGAGCGCAUUCAAUUCAGUGUCCGUCGUCACUGGAAUCGCAGCAACCAUGGAUGUGAAUCUACUCUUUCUGCUCAUCGUAGUAGCCAGCCUGGUGGUAAUUUACCGCCGGGUGACGAAACACUUCCACUACUUUCACGACAAACCGAUCCCCUCGAUGGCCAGCAAUCCGCUGUUCGGCAGCACUGGCCCACUGAUGCGGAAGAAGCUUUCCUUCAACGAUUUCAUCGAAAAGGUCUACAACAAGUACCCGAAUGCGAAAGUUUUUGGAAUGUUCGACAUGUCGUCGAAGAUGUUCGUCCUUCGGGAUCCGGAGCUGAUCAAGAAGAUUACGGUGAAAGAUUUCGAUCAUUUUAUCAACCGACGGUCACUGUUUGGAGACAGCGAUAAGGACGACGGCAACGAGAAUAUCCUGUUUAAUAAAGCGUUGGUUUCCUUGAAUGAUGAGCGGUGGCGUGAUAUGCGAGCGAUCCUCAGUCCGGCGUUUACCGGAAGCAAGAUGCGAGCGAUGUUCGAGCUUAUCGAGGAGUACAGUGUCCAAAUGGUGGAUAUUUUGAAGGAACAAUCCCGGGACACUGGGUACGUGGAUUACGAAAUGAAGGAUUGUUUUUCGAGGAUGGCCAAUGACAUCAUUGCAACGUGCGCCUUUGGACUGCAAGUCGAGUCGCUGAAGAGUCGUGAGAACGAGUUCUUCGUGGCUGGAAAGACGAUGAUGAACUUCAGCAGGUUGACCAUGUUGCCGCGGAUUCUUGGGAUAAGAUUCUUCCCAAAAUUGAUGGUGAAGAUGGGUGUGGAUAUUGUAGAAAGGCAGCACGCUCAGUACUUCUCGAAGAUCAUCAAGGAAGCUGUGCGAAAUAGGGACAGCCACGGGAUCGUUCGGCCGGACAUGAUUCAUCUGUUGAUGCAGGCGCGGAAGGGUGUUCUGAAGCAUCAACAGGAGACAGCCGAAGCCAGUGCCGGGUUUGCAACGGUUGAGGAAUCGGAUGUUGGCAAGACCGUUAUAAGUAGGGCGAUGACCGAACCGGAGUUCAUCGCUCAGUGCUUGAUUUUCUUCCUAGCAGGACUGGACACCGUAUCCACUGCGAUGGUAUUCAUGGCGUACGAGCUCGCCAUGAACCCCGAUGUACAACAGAAGCUGUCUGAAGAAAUUGCGGAAGCGAACAAGCAACUUGCGCGGAAGCCGCUAACCUAUGAUACGCUGCAGAAGAUGAAAUACAUGGACAUGGUGGUUUCGGAGUCGCUCCGAAAGUGGCCAGUUCCGGUUUUUGAUAGAAAAUGCGUCCGAGACUAUGUGGUGGAUGAUGAUGCCGGGCUGAAGUUCACCAUCGAUGCAGGAGCUUGCAUCUGGGUUCCGGUUCAUGGCAUCCAUCGGGACCCGAAGUACUACCCCAAUCCGGAGAAGUUCGACCCGGAGCGCUUCAGCGAGGAAAACCGAGCAAACAUUGACAUGACGAUGUACAUGCCGUUUGGAAGUGGACCGAGAAACUGUAUCGGAUCGAGGUUUGCCCUGAUGGAGAUUAAAGCAAUCAUGUAUGCGUUGUUGCUGAAUUUCAGCAUCGAGAGGAACGAGAAAACUGAGGUGCCAUUGAAACUUGUCAAGGGAUUUAUGGCGUUGGGUGUGGAAAAUGGGCUGCAUUUGAGGCUGAAGCUAAGGAAGUAGACUUUGGGUGGAUAAAGGAAACUUGUUUGCUGUUAUACUUGUUAGAGUUUGAGCUCGACGAACCAAUCGAUUGUACAAUAUGAACUAAGGGGUUUCAUUGAAUAAA